ACGCAAACGCAAGCUCCCAAGCAGCUACCAACCAGCCGGGAGAGGGAGCGCACGCACUGCGAGAAUGGCCACGGCCGGCGGAGGGGCCGGGCAUCUGAAGCUGCUGGGCGCGUGGCCGAGCCCCUUCGUGAACCGUGUACGCAUGGCGCUGCACCUCAAGGGGCUGGAGUACGAGAACGUGGAGGAGGACCUCACCAACAAGAGCGACCUGCUCCUCGCCUCCAACCCCGUCCACAAGCUCGUUCCCGUCCUCCUCCACGGCGACAAGCCCAUCUCCGAGUCACUCGUCAUCGUGGAGUACCUCGACGACGCCUUCCCCGGCGCUGGCCAGGCCGUCCUCCCCGCCGACCCCUAUGAACGCGCCGUCGCUCGCUUCUGGGCCAAAUACGUCGACGGCAAGUUGCACGGCAUGAUGGUGAAGGCGCUCAUGGGGGCAACGGAGGAGGAGAGGGCGACGGCGACGGUGGACGCGCUGGCCGCUAUGGACACGCUGGAGGGCGCGUUCGCCGAGUGCUCCGGCGGGAAAAAGUUCUUCGCCGGCGACGCGCCCGGGUACCUGGACGUCGCGCUGGGAGGCUUCAUCGGCUGGCUGCGCGCCUGGGACAAGGUGGGGGGCGUCAAGCUGCUGGACGCCGGCCGGGUCCCGCGCCUGGCCACGUGGGCGGAGCGCUUCGCCGCGCUCGACGUAGCCAAGGAGGUCAUCCCGGACCCCGACCACAUCGCCGAGUUUGCCAAGGUGCUGCAGGCACGCUCCGCGGCAGCUGCCACCAGCAACUGAGCUCGCAAGUGAAUGCUGCUGCUCUGCCUUCCUGAUAAAAUCAUAUCAUGGUACCCGGUUUGUUCGUUUAAUCUGGCGCGGAAAAAACAUGGUUUGUUGUCGUACCAAACUAAGAGUAUGCAUGCAUGCUUGUUCUUAAUUAUAUGUACAUUCGUUCAAGAAAAAA